GACACUUUUGCCCCCACUAGCUUAGCCUCGCCGUAGGCACGCAGCUCUAAAGGGGCGUGUCGUAUCUACUCUUCUAUAUCUAUGGGCGAUAACGCCUGGUCCACUUUCAAGGAAUAUGCUGGGCGCGCAUCGAAAGUUGGGAUUGUUUUUCCUGGUCCUGUUUUUUUCUUCCAGCCUUGCUGACCCAAUUUACAAGGCUAUAGGUGGAGAUGCUGUCCUCAGACCAUCCCCCAUGGAUCUUCCUAUCAAAAGCAUAGAGUGGAAACACAAUGAGGAUAUUGCAGCAGAUUGGCAUGGAAACAAGUCUAAGUGUUUUGGCCAGUUUAAAGGUCGUUGUGAGGUGGAUACUGACACUGGAGCACUGACCAUCAAAGGACUGAAACUGAACGACAGCGGCAUCUACACACCAGAGAUUAACUACAAAGUCCCCUUUAAGAUUGAACUCUCUGUAAUCUCUCGUGUAGCUAAAUCCUCUGUAAAAACAUCCUGCAACACUGAGAUGACCAGCUGUCUCCUGACCUGUGAAGGCAACACUACAAACGCCGACCCAGUUGUCUAUAAGUGGUUUUUAGAUGGCAAGCAUGGAUCUUCAUAUAAGGAGUGGAAUAUAACAAAGGAUACAAAGGGGGACAGAUUCAGCUGUUUAAUGAUGAACCCAGUCAGCAAUGAAACCAGUGAAAGCAUCAUAAACCCCUUCAUUAAACAACUUUACGGAGCUAAAGGUGAAGAUGUGAUCCUCAGACCACCCCCCAUGAAUGAUACUAUCCAAAGAAUCGAGUGGAAACACAAUGAAAAUAUUGCAGCAGGGUGGUAUGGAAACAAGUCUGAGUGCCUUGGCCAGUUUGAAGGUCGUUGUGAGGUGAACACUGAUACUGGAGCACUGACCAUCAAAGAACUUAACCUGAACAACAGCGGCAUCUACACACCAGAGAUUAACGGCAGAGACUCCAGCAAGACUCAUCUCUCUGUUAUCUCUCGUGUAGCUAAACCCUCUGUAAAAACAUCCUGCAACACUGAGAUGACCAGCUGUAACCUGACCUGUGAAGGCAACACUGCAGAGGCUGAACCAAUCACUUAUAGGUGGUUUAUAGAUGGCAGGGAUGGACCUUCAAAUGUUGUGUUGAUUAUAGCAAAGGAUACAAAGGGGGACAGAUUCAGCUGUUUAAUGACUAACCAAGUCAGCAAUGAAACCAGUGAAAGCGUCACAAACCCCUUCAUUAAACAACUUUACGGAGCUAAAGGUGAAGAUGUGAUCAUCAGACCACCCCCCAUGAAUGAUACUAUCCAAAGAAUCGAGUGGAAACACAAUGAAAAUAUUGCAGCAGGGUGGUAUGGAAACAAGUCUGAGUGCCUUGGCCAGUUUGAAGGUCGUUGUGAGGUGAACACUGAUACUGGAGCACUGACCAUCAAAGAACUAAACCUGAACGACAGCGGCAUCUACACACCAGAGAUUAACUUCAGAGACUCCAGCAAGACUCAUCUCUCUGUUAUCUCUCGUGUAGCUAAACCCUCUGUAAAAACAUCCUGCAACACUGAGAUGACCAGCUGUGACCUGACCUGUGAAGGCAACACUACAGAGGCUGAACCAAUCACUUAUAGGUGGUUUAUAGAUGGCAGGGAUGGACCUUCAAAUGUUGUGUUGAUUAUAGCAAAGGAUACAAAGGAGGAGAGUUUUAGAUGUUUGAUGAUGAACCCAGUCAGCAAUGACACCAGUGAAAGCGUCACAAACCCCUUCAUCAAAGAUCCCAAUAAUAAACAAACUGUCCUAGUUUACGGAGCUAAAGGUGAAGAUGUGAUCAUCAGACCACCCCCCAUGAAUGAUACUAUCCAAAGAAUCGAGUGGAAACACAAUGAAAGUAUUGCAGCAGGGUGGUAUGGAGAUGAGUUUGAGUGCCUUAACCAGUUUGAAGGUCGCUGUGAGGUGAACACUAAAACUGGAGCACUGACCAUCAAAGGACUGAAACAAACAGACAACGGCAUCUACACACUAAAGAUUAGCGGCAAAGUCACCAACAAGACUGAACUCUCUGUUAUCUCUCGUGUAGCUAAACCCUCUGUCGUCAAAUCCUGCAACCCUGACAUGACCAGCUGUAACCUGACCUGUGAAGGCAACACUGCAGAGGCUGAACCAGUCACUUAUACGUGGUUUAUAGAUGGCAGGGAUGGACCUUCAAAUGUUGUGUUGAUUAUAACAAAGGAUUCAAAGGAGUACAGUUUCAGAUGUUUGAUGAUGAACCCAGUCAGCAAUGAAACCAGUGAAAGCAUCAAAAACCCCAUCAUCACUAAAGAAGAACAGGACCGACUGAUAUCCAUCCUUGUGCCAGUAAUAGUAGUGGUUGUUUUGGUAGUCAUUGUGGUUGCUGCUGUUUUCAUCUACAAUCACAUCAGGGGAAGAAGGCAAGGACCAAAUAACCGAAGAGAUGUAGAAAGAGAAGAGGGACAUGAGCAUGAGAUGGACCCACUAAAUCAAACUCCAGAUGAUUUAGCUGCUGAAGGACAUCCCAAAGACAACCAACAUCUCAGCAAUGGAGCUGUUGCUUCAGGAGCCCAGAGAACCAGCCUGGUCUCAGACCCCCCUAGUAAUACAAAAUGGCCACGGUGGAGCUCAGCUCUCAUCUGCAGUGGUUCCUGACCUGCAGACCUCUGGACCUCCGGAUACCAACAAGGACUCUGAGAAAUCUGCACUGAUGCCAGACAAACCGGAAACCAACUGUGAACCAUCAGCUGAUGAACAGAGAGCAGAUGACUGAGGAGAUGGGCGUAAACCUCAAAACUCGUUGGUAGAGACUUCUGUUCCGUUCCGUUUGAAGAUGUUACACUCACUAUGGGAUGAAGUGUUACGGUAGUGAGAAAACUUGAAGAAAUGUACUAUUUAUUUCUGACGUUAACUACCUAACAGCCACGUCAGCUUGUAGCGUAAGAAUGAAUACAAAUAGCUGCUCUCUGCAGAUCAUGCAUUUUAAAAUCAUUGCAUGGUUCAGGACCACUGAGUGAUAGUAGUUAACAUUUCUGUUUACAGCAGCUUCAGACCAGUAAAUCAUCAUUGUUGCUGUAUGUUGGAGGAAAAUAUGAAGAAGCAGAUAAGGGAUUCAUGUCAAGGGAUUUUAGAAGAUUUUAAGAGUCUCUAUUUUUACACAGUUAAUCCUUUGUGACAUUUUUACUAGGCUAGAACACCAAACUUUUUAUAGCAUUUACAUCGACAAACUUCUUUUUUAGGAUAAAAAACAAGCCUUUUAGAAAGUGCCUUCUUUGUAGUCACUGUGCAAACUUGAGCUGAACAAAACACCCCAAAGUUGUUGUUAUAUUUUUUAUAUUUUAAUCUGUAGGACAAAGAGUAGAGGUCAAAUUUGCUUCACCUAGGAUCCCGUUUAAAUUCUGUACAACUGUCUUAUAUUCCUUCAGGGUUUUAGAUUAUAUAUUUUUAGAGAAUCAAAUCUGUGCUGCCAUUUUUGAUGCCAAAACUUGAAGUUCUGGGAGAAUUUAGUUAAAAUUUCUAAUAAUAACGAUUAGCCAUUUCGUUGCUAUAAAUCCUGAGAUCUUUGCCAAACCAAAGUAAAGAGAUUAUUUUUGUAUGUUUACAUUUCAUUACAUUCUUAUGGUCGUGACCAAACACAAACAUUUUGUGGCAUUUUUUUAAUCUGAUCGUUUAUUCCCCAUGAACUAUCUCUAUUUUAUACAUGUUAAAGUGACUGUUCCAACACUUGAAUGAUGUAAAAGAACUCUGAAAUCU